ACCACGGUCAGCCAUUCAUUUAAUGACGUUCGCUCGUGUUGUCGUAAUAAAAUUCUUUAUUUUGUUAAAUUUCUUAAGCUGGCUACGUUGUAUGACUUAUUAUUUGUGAGAUUGACUACAAUUAUACUACAUUUCUCUCAGUAUCUUUUUUUCUUAAAUAGUAAUUAAAUUAAAUUUGAAAGCGUGAAACUAAAAGAAACUUCAUCCGACUCAAGAAAUGGGAAAUAAGUCUUCUCUGGUUCUUAAACCUGAAGAAUGGGAAGAAAUCAAGCAGGAAACAGGAUUUACGCAGAACCAAAUCUCUCGACUUUAUGGCCGAUUUACAAGCUUGGAUAAGAUGAACACUGGAACGCUCGGCCGAGAAGACUUCCUUAGGAUCCCAGAGCUGGCUAUAAAUCCUCUGGGAGAUCGAAUUGUCCAUGCCUUCUUCAGCGAGUCCCUAGAUGGCACAAUCAACUUUAGACAGUUUGUAAGAGUUCUGUCCAGGUUUCGAAGGAUAAAGGAGAGUGAAAAAGACAAAUUAAAUAGUCGAGAGGAGAAAUUGAGAUUUGCUUUCAGGAUGUAUGACCUAGAUGAUGAUGAUAAGAUAUCUAGAGAUGAACUCCUGGCUGUGCUCCACAUGUUGGUUGGAGUAGACAUAUCUGAAGAGCAGUUGGCAAGUAUUGCUGAUAGAACAAUAAUGGAGGCAGACACAGAUGGAGACAGGUUGAUCUCAUUUGAGGAGUUCUGUGCCACCCUGGAGAGAACUGACAUAGAAGAGAAAAUGAGCAUUCGAUUUCUUCACUGAAAUGUUUUAAAGUAUACUGGCAGAGAUUCAGUUACAAUCCCAACACCAAGCUGUAGAAUACACAACAUAUUCAUAUUGUUUUUAUCAGAAAUAUUGAAUGCACAUUUUACACACAGUUAUAGUUUGACUUAAAAAUCUAUGACCUAUUCACACUGUAUGCAAGUUGUUUUAUCUUUAUGCCAUUUACUGAGGGAGUUUAUUGUGACAACAAGGCCGUUAUGCUUUGAAUCUACAAACCUAAAUUAUUCCUUCUGUGAUUCUCCUUUAGAAGUAAUUUCUUUGUACAGAGGGUGUGCUGUAGGGAAGUGAAAGUGGCAUUUGUCACAUCAGAAAUAUUUCAAUUAUUGAAAACUUGCAACUUCAAGACAAAAUGCUGAAGUACAAUUUAAAUAGUUUUUUGUGAUAAAUUUGGAGUAUAGUGGAUGGAUUACUUAGUUUUGUAUAUAUUGUUGCCUUGUAUAGAAACUGAUUUUCAGUCAAUUUUUCCUGACUUCUGUAGAUAAAUAAGACAUAGUUAUAACAGUGGCUGUAACUAUUUCUGUAUAGUAAACUGUG